CGGGCAGGGGCGGGGAGCGAGGGCGGGCGCGCCGGAAAGCCUGCCACCCGGCGGAGGCGCGCAAUGCUUGUGCCGCUGCUGGCCGCGAGCAGGUCGCUCCUCGUGCCGCUCCUCCGCCACCGCCGAGGCGUCUCCAUGGCCGCCGCGCCGCCGAAGAAGCAGGGCCUUGUCCUGGGAGUCUACACCACUGAGAAAGACGAGAAGGCUGCUCAGUUUACCAAGGCAGGGGAUGCUUUUGAUCGAGUCGUGUCUGGGAAGCUCAAGGAAUUGCUGUCAGUCUCGGGGCCUCCACUGAAGAAAGGGAAGGCACGGAUAUUUCACAGCUUGCACCAGAACUUCUCAAGUGUGGUAGUUGUUGGCUUAGGGAAGAAAGGAGCAGGCGUGAAUGAGCAAGAAAACUGGAACGAAGACAAGGAGAACAUCAGAGCAGCAGUUGCAGCUGGAUGCAGGCAGGUUCAGGACUUGGAGUUUCCUUAUGUGGAAGUGGACCCUUGUGGAGACCCGCAGGCUGCAGCGGAAGGAGCCAUCCUGGGACUCUACGAAUACGACGAGUUUAAGCAGAAAAAGAAGCCAGCGAUUGAGGUUCAGCUACACGGGAGCGAUGGAGUCGAAGCUUGGCAGAAAGGCCUUUCCUACGCCCAGGGCCAGAACUUGGCCAGAACGCUGAUGGAGGGCCCAGCCAACCACAUCACGCCUACCAGAUUUGCUGCUGUUAUUGAAGAGAAGCUCAGAAGUGCCAGCAGCAACGUGACAGUCCAUAUAAGGGAUCGGGCCUGGAUUGAAGCCCAAGAGAUGAGAUCGUUCCUCAGUGUUGCCAAAGGCUCUGAGGAACCCCCAGUUUUCUUAGAGAUUCACUACCACGGUAGCAAUGAUGCCAAGGAGGCCCCAUUGGUGUUUGUUGGGAAAGGCAUCACAUUUGACAGUGGCGGCAUUUCCAUUAAGCCCGCCUCUGGCAUGGAUGCCAUGAGGGCUGAUAUGGGAGGAGCGGCCACUAUCUCCUCGGCCAUUGUGACGGCUGCACAGCUGAAACUCCCCAUCAAUUUAAUUGGUUUGGCACCCCUGUGUGAAAACUUACCGAGUGGGAAGGCGAACAAGCCUGGGGAUGUUGUUAAGGCCAGGAAUGGGAAAACGAUUCAGAUUGAUAACACAGAUGCCGAGGGAAGGCUGGUCUUGGCUGACGCUCUUGACUAUGCACAUAGUUUUAAUCCAAGGGCCAUCAUAGAUGCUGCAACGUUAACAGGUGCCAUGGAUGUCGCGCUGGGAUCUGCAGCGACUGGAGUUUUUACCAAUUCGCACCAGCUGUGGAAUCAACUGUUUGAGGCUAGCAUUGUGACUGGGGAUCGCGUUUGGAGGAUGCCUCUUUAUGAACAUUACACAAAACAGGUUACGGAGUCUCAACUUGCUGAUCUCAACAACAUUGGAAAAUACAGAUCUGGUGGUGCGUGUACAGCUGCUGCCUUCCUGAAAGAGUUUGUAACUGCCCCUCAUUGGGCUCAUUUGGAUAUUGCUGGCGUUAUGGAAAAUAAAGAUGAAGUUCCAUACCUUCGGAAAGGCAUGGCGGGGCGACCUACACGAACUCUAGUUGAGUUUGCUACUCGUCUGAGCCAAGACAAGAAAAGCAUCUAGAGAGUGGCUAGAUCUGUGAUUGUGUAGCCUCUGGCCUUAAAGUCAGUUCUUUAAUUAAUUUUGAAACCGAUUCAGAAAUGAGCUAAUGUCCCUGUGAAUGUAGAUUAUCUACUAAAAUACCCAAAGGACAAUAUGAAGUUUUCUGCAUAUUUUUUUUUUUAGAAAAACGUUGGACUACAAAUUCAUUUGUAAAAGGCUGUCACCAAGCAAAGAUCUCUUCCCCCCCCCUUUUUAUUAUGCCAGCAAAAGACAUCCCAGAGCUCUUUUAAACAUUUAGUAUUGAAGGAGCAAUCACAAGCAGACUUUGUAACCCAGAACUAUAAAAGUGUCACAGGCAAUAAACUGAACUUUGAAACCUC